AUGCAGCCCGUGUGGCUCUGCUGGGCGCUCUGGGCGCUGCCCCUGACCGGCCCCGGGGCGGCCCUGACCGAGGAGCAGAUCCUGGGCAGCCUGCUGCAGCAGCUGCACCUCAGCGAGGUGCCUGCCCUGGACCAGGGCGACGUGGGGCAGCUGGUCAUCCCCGCGCACGUGAGGGCCCAGUACGUGGCCCUGCUGCAGCGCAGCCACGGCACCUACUCCCGAGGGAAGAGGUUCAGCCAGAACUUCCGAGAGGUGGCCGGCAGGCUCCUGGGGUCCGACGCCUCCAGGCACCUGCUGGUGUUCGCCAUGGAGCAGCGGCUGCCCCCCGACCGCGAGCUGCUGCAGGCCGUGCUGCGCCUCUUCCAGGAGCCGGUCCCCGAGGCCGCGCUCCGCACGCACGGCCGGCUCUCCCCGCGCAGCCACCGGGCCCGGGUCACCGUCGAGUGGCUGCACGUCCGCGACGACGGCUCCAACCGCACCUCCCUCAUCGACUCCAGGCUGGUGUCCGUCCACGAGAGCGGCUGGAAGGCCUUCGACGUGACGGAGGCCGUGAACUUCUGGCGGCAGCUGGGCCGGCCCCGGCAGCCGCUGCUGCUGCAGGUGUCGGUGCAGCGGGAGCAGCCGGGCCCGCGGGCGGCCAGCGCGCACAGGCUGGUCCGCUUCGCCUCCCAGGGCCCGGCGGGCGGCGGGCGCGGCGAGCCGCAGCUGGAGCUGCACAGCCUGGACCUCGGCCGCUACGGAGCUCAGGGCGACUGUGACCCUGAGGCGCCGGUGACCGAGGGCACCCGCUGCUGCCGCCGGGAGAUGUACAUCGACCUGGAGGGGCUGAAGUGGGCCGAGAACUGGGUCCUGGAGCCCCCGGGCUUCCUGGCCUAUGAGUGUGUGGGCACCUGCCGGCAGCCCCCGGAGCCCCUGAGCUUCAAGUGGCCGUUUCUGGGGCCGCGGCAGUGCAUCGCCUCGGAGACGACCUCACUGCCCGUGAUCGUCAGCGUCAAGGAGGGAGGCCGGCCCAGGGCCCAGGUGGUCAGCCUGCCCGACAUGAGGGUGCAGAAGUGCAGCUGCGCCUCGGACGGGGCGCCCGUGCCCAGGAAGCUGGAGCCGUAGGUGGGGGUGUAGCCACUGAGGGACUUGGCUUCCGUCUGUAUCACAAGUGUUCCAGGGCACCAGGAGAGAUAGCGAUGACUGCAGCACUCAUGGGCAAAUGGGCUCUCUCCUGGGCUCUGAAUCUGCUUCCUCUGACCAGUCGGCUCACCUCCUAAUUCUUGUCUCCCAGGAGCAAGAUCCCUGGCCACUGGGGAUCCCUAGUCUUCUCUAUCCCUAUGUGGUUUACUGCACUAUAUCCUAAGCAUGCACUUUGUAGAUUCGGGAAACUAAGAGCAGAAACCUGUUUGUCUUUGUUUCCUUGUCCUAUUCGUGGAUCUGAGGUAUGACGAGAGAUCCCACUGCCACUCUGGGCUUAAAACUUAGGAUCAAGAAGGGGUGUGCAUUUCCAUCUCAGAUACCAUGAGCAUUUUGCAAGAAACAAAUAAAACACUUUUUUUUUUUUUUGAGGAAGAUUAGCCCUGAGCUAACAUC